CCCCGCCGCCAUCAGUUCGUAUAGGAUUGCCUAAGAGUGCGGACGUCACAAAAUGUUAUCAACGCGAGUUUUUUUCGCCUGCGCGCUAUUGGCCGCAGUGGCGGCUCUUCCGACAGACAAACCUUCUUCAACUGACCUUCCGAGACCUGUCACAACUAUCACAGAAGACGACUUCGACAGCGGCGAGGGAGGAUGGUUCAGUUUCCCACUUUUCGGGAACCUGUUUGCUCCACUAUGGCGAUUGUUCCCGAGCUUCGCCGAUUUCGGACCGAAAAUCACGACAGACGACGAUAAAUUCCAAGUUGUUGUAAACGUUAAGGAUUACAAGAAGCCAGACUUAAAGGUCAAGGUUAAAGGAGACUUCAUCUUCGUUCAAGGAUCGCACGAAGCUAAGCAAGACGCCCAUGACAUAUUUGCAAGCCAGUUCUUCCACACGUAUACUCUGCCUUUCAACUCUAGUGGGUCAGACGUCACUGCUGACCUGACCAGCGAUGGAUAUUUGAUCGUAGCAGCUCCAUUGAAAGGAACCGAAAAUAGAGCGAAAGAAUCCGACCGAGAAGUGCCUAUAAACGAAACUGGAGUUCCAUUCCUGAAGGAGUCUAAGCCUGCUGAUGUGACGACUCAAGCGGUCCCCGAAGACGACAGGAAAGAACCAACCACACCUUCUGAACGGGAAGAAGUAACGGAAAAGGACAAUGUUAUCCCCCAUGGUAACGAAAUCUCCCCUUAAGUGAUAUAGUCAUAAGUAUUUAACGUUAAAGCAGUAUUUUAAUAAAUAUUUUUUUAUUUAAAGCCA